GUCUGCAGAUCUGAUUAGUUGCCUGGUACUUCAUCUGUGGCAAGCAGGACAAUGGCUGCCAGCAAGAGCAAGAACCAGAGUUCUUUGGCCCUCCAUAAAGUAAUUAUGGUUGGCAGUGGAGGUGUGGGCAAAUCUGCACUCACUCUUCAAUUUAUGUAUGAUGAGUUUGUGGAAGAUUAUGAACCUACCAAGGCUGACAGCUACAGGAAGAAAGUAGUUCUGGAUGGUGAAGAAGUGCAGAUAGACAUUCUGGACACAGCAGGACAAGAGGAUUAUGCAGCUAUCAGAGAUAACUAUUUCCGCAGUGGGGAAGGAUUUCUUCUAGUCUUCUCAAUAACAGAGCAUGAAUCCUUUACAGCAACAGCAGAGUUUCGGGAACAGAUCCUACGUGUGAAGGCUGAAGAAGAUAAAAUCCCUUUACUGGUAGUGGGAAACAAAUCUGACUUGGAAGAGCGCAGACAAGUGCCUGUAGAAGAGGCUAGAAGUAAAGCAGAGGAGUGGGGUGUGCAGUAUGUAGAAACCUCUGCCAAAACUAGAGCAAAUGUAGAUAAGGUAUUCUUUGAUUUAAUGAGAGAAAUCAGAGCAAAGAAAAUGUCAGAAAACAAAGACAAGAAUGGCAAGAAAAGCAGCAAGAACAAGAAAAGCUUUAAAGAAAGAUGUUGCUUACUGUGAGGCUUGAGAACUGUAAAUAUCUAUCUACAGGUGGCAUGGAUAAGAUACCACUAAGAACAUAGGGCUGGAUUCAUGAAAGGAAGUCUGUAUUGACUCCCUUAUUUUUUGCUUUGCAUAUCACACCUUCAAAAUGUGAAAACAGAACUUUGAAACCAUUUCAGGUGUCCAA